AUGUCUAGAGGGGCAGAUAAGGAAAGUACAACCGAAGGAAGCUCAUCCUGCAAAGAAGCUUGCUUCGGCAAAAGAGCAAGAAAAUGGGCUUUCCUAUUUAUCAUCGCAUUUCUAGCCAUUCUAACUAUCAAAGAUGUCGUUGAACUAGUUGCUGAAUAUUGUGAUAAUCCGAAGGAAUCAGACAUCAAUAUUGUUUUUAAUGAUUCAAUGAGUAUGCCUAACAUAACAUUCUGCAUGUCGAGAGCUCAAGCAUGGAGUCAUUUCAAGAUCAACGCUAGUGCUCCAGCUGAUGAAUGGGACUUGAUAGUAGAUGAAGCUCUUGCUAACAUGACAGACCACGAUUCCUUCUUAACAACUUUAUGGGAUUACCGUUUGGUUAUGGAGGCCUACGAUAUGAUUGCAACUUAUAACAGUUUGGAACGAGAAACAACCGGUCACGGGUCUGCCAGAUCUAUAAAUGUGUUCAGAGCUUCUCCACGAUUAGCCACUAAGCGUGCCACAUUCAAGAAAUGGCAUCAAGUCCUGAACUCUCGUAAGGUCACAUUUGAAGAAUUCACUCAAAAAACAGGAACAGAAGUCUUGAGACGAUCAAUGCAGCGUUUCCAACGACAAACUUUCGAUGAAGAUUUGGUCAUCAAAACAAAGCUCAGAACAUCUUGGAUUUCUCAAAUGCAAAUUUGUUAUCAACCUUGGUUUGAAACUGACUAUGGAAUUAAUGAUCAAGGUAACUUCUUUACAAUGCUUCUCUCCCACAAUCAGGAGAAUCUCGAUGGAGUAGCAUUAGAAUGCAUGAGUGUUGAUUUCCACGGUCGUCCGUCUUCUCUCAACAGAUUCAUGGAGGGUAAAGGAAGAGCUAAGGAUGGUUUUACAGCUGAGUUAUGCGCUGGUCAAAGACACGAAGUGACUGUGGAAGUUCGAGCACUCUACGAUAUGUUGGAAAAUGAUGACGAAGGAACGGCAUGCAAAGAUCAAGAAGAUGGAGAAGAUACAGAAUUUGAUUGCCGUUCCAGAUGUAGAAUGGAAAUGAUAAGAGGAAUGUGUAACUGUACUGCUCUCUCGUUAAGUUACUUAGCAGAUGAUCUAGAUGAUUUUCCUUUAUGCGAUUACACUCAAUGCGAAGUCGAUGUUCAAAGAGGAAACUAUUCUGAUUCCGAGUGUGCUAACAAAUGCCUUCGCGAUUGUCAUCAAAUUCGUUUUGAUAUAGACCAUGAAGUUCAAGGAAAGAUGGUCAGACCUGAUCUUACACUUGUUAAUCUUAAUUGGGGAUCGUUCGAAUAUUUAUCCAUGGAACAGCAAUGGAAAUAUUCUGUUACUGCUUUUAUUGCUGCUCUUGGAGGAUCCAUUGGUAUGUGGCUUGGACUGUCUAUCCUCUCCCUUAUUCAGGGAGGUACUUAUCUCUACACAUGGUGUACAAGAAAAGUUGUCCAAGAAAAGAUUCUGAAGAAACACAGCGCCGUAGGAGCGACAAAGAGAAGGGACAGCAAGACAUCAGAAAUAGCAAACGACAGGAAAGCAAGUAAAAUUUCAAUAGCAGCAAAUCCUUUCGAAAACCCAUUCCCGAUAGGGGAUGAAGAAGAGGAGGAUGCGGAUCGUAGACAUAAAGUCCAACCACUACCUGGAUACAGUCAGAACCCCAACCCCACCAAAAUUCAAGUUGAUUAA